UUUUCUCAAGCGCUGCCUCUUUCUGAACUUGCUUCUCUCUGUAGAUCAGCGUGACAGGGAGAAAAGCAGGGGAUUCAUGUGUGGGAAACUGCAGCAGGAAGGAAAGUGCAGCUGGGAAUUUCUGCCUGGAGCAAAGCAGACUGGAGGUCUGUGGCGAAAAAGACGAGAGAAAGGGAGGAGAAGGGGAAAGAGAAGAGAGGAGAGAGGUAGAAAAGAUGGCAGAGGAGCAAAGGGGAUGAUGAAAGAUUGAAGCAGGGAUGACAUGAAGCGUGAGAUGGGAGGAGGAGAGAAGACUUGAUGUGAUGAAGGAGGAGCGAAAGUGCACUUUACAUAAUGAAGAGACUGGAAGAUGACAGAGGGAAGGGAAUCUUGUCCUCACACCUUCGCCGGAUGUCAAGGCAAGUCACAUGCUCACACACACUUAAGACACUUUUAUACCUGUAAAGCUACACCUGCACACUCACCACCUUCCCAGAAAAUUGGGGUGGAAGGCAGCCAGCUUAUAUACACACACAUGAAUGAAAUGUGGACUUGGACCUGCAGUUGUACACACACACACAUUGCAUCAGAGUGGACACGCAAGCUGGAUGUUGUUUCAUUCAGAUCUGCUGUGACAAGAAGAAAUACACUGUCUCCACCCCUCCCUACUCCCAGGGGCUUCUGCUUCAGAGCAUGUGUGUGUUUUCUGCACCCUUGUUGCACUCUCUCUCAGCCCACUAACCUGUAAUUUGAUGUUUGUGUACAUACCUGCAGAUACACAGCCUCAGCGCACACACUCCCUCUCCGCUCUCUCUCUUACACACACACACACUCUCGCUCUCGUCCUAAGAGCAGCAGGUUCCCUGGAAGCAGCCAAACUGUCAGUGACUGUUGCAAACACAUGCUUGCUCUCAGCUCGGCUCUUUCUUCAGUCGCUGCCAAGGGAGGAGGAGGAGGAGGAGGAGAAGAAGAAGAAGUGAGGCUGGAAGGAACAGACUGAAACACACAGAUAGGAAAGAGAAAGAGACAGCCUUGGACCAACCUCUGACUGCUUACCUCUCGCCUCUGCCUUGGCUGACUGUGUGGGAGACUGGAGGCAGCCUACAAGUGAUGCCUCGCACUCUCUGGAGCAGCACAUAGUCAGGGAUUUCUUUCUACAUUUUCCCCUCUCUCUGUUACAAUGAUGAGGAGAGACCGUCUCUUCCUGGCCGUGACCCUCACAGCCAUCUUCUCUGCUGACCUCUACUUCAUCCUCCUGCCAAAGCUGCGGAGCGUGGGGCAAAGAUCAGAUCACUUCUGCCCAUGUGGUUCUGACAACCUCACCCUUCCCAGACACGGGGGUCUCGCCACCCCGCAGCUCUCCAACUGGACUUCUGCGCCACCCCUGGAUGGUACCACAUCUGAGCCUACUGAUGGAGGCUCAAAGCUGGGGAGGCUGUUCGCUCACCCUCUGUACAACAUCCAGACUCCGGCGAUGGGGCCGGAGGAGAGGCUGCUGCAAGCGGAGCAGCUGAUGGAGUACUACAGAAAGAAGGUGUCACGCUGGGAAAGACAUAUGAAACUAUACAGCGAAGCGGCGGCUGUGUCCAACAUCACUGUGACUGAGCAUGAAGUGACCUUCGACCCCGAUGCCAGCUGGAUGAAGUUCCACCUGGGAAUAAACCGCUAUGCUUUGUACUCCCGAGAUGACCCUGCCAUCCCACAACUGCUCAAGGACAUGCAAGGCAUGACGGUCAUCAGCGCAGAUUACACUCAGGAUGAGAAGGCCCUAAAAGGAGCAUGCGAUUGUUCCCAAGUUGUGAAGCCCAGCGGACAUCACCUGAAACUGGCUCUGAAGAUGCAAAACUUUGCUAAAGCCAUGUUCAAACCAAUGAGGCAGCAGAGGGACCAGGAGACGCCAGAGAACUUCUUCUACUUCGUUGACUUCCAGAGACACAACGCAGAGAUUGCUGCCUUUCACCUGGACAGGAUCCUGGACUUCCGGAGAGUCCCUCCGGUGGCUGGCAGGCUGGUGAACGUCACAGGAGAAGUCCUCCAAGUCACCCACAAUGAAGACCUACGAGCUGUCUUCUUCACCUCACCAGCAAACAACACAUGUUUCUUUGCCAAGUGUCUCUACGUGUGUAAAACGGAGUACGCAGUGUGCGGGGGCCCCGACCUGCUGGAGGGCUCGCUGUCUGCCUACCUGCCCGGCCUCAGCAUUGCUCCCCGCAUCUCCAUCCCCAACCCCUGGAUACGCUCCUACACCUUCACUGGACGAGAAGAGUGGGAAGUGAAUCCUUUCUACUGUGACACCGUAAAGCAGCUGUAUCCCUAUAACUCAGGCAACCGGCUCCUCAACAUCAUAGACAUGUCCAUCUUCGACUUCCUCAUAAGCAACAUGGACAGACACCACUACGAGAUUUUUACUAAAUUUGGAGACGAAGGAUUUCUACUCCACUUGGACAAUGCCAGAGGGUUUGGGAGGCACUCUCAAGAUGAGAUGUCCAUCCUGGCUCCACUAACUCAGUGCUGCAUGAUAAAGCGCUCCACACUGCUGCGGCUCCAGCUGCUCGCCCGACCAGAGUUCAGACUCAGCGAUGUGAUGAGGGAGUCCUUGAAAGGUGACCCUUUACAGCCGAUCCUAACGGAGCCCCACCUCUUAGCCCUGGACCGCAGGUUACAGAAGGUCCUAAAAACGGUCCAGCGUUGCGUCCGGAGGCUGGGUGAGGACGAGGUGAUCACCAAGGACUUUAUCAAAUCCACAGCGAAACCUCAGACCGCCACAGAGACGGAAAAGGUCAGGUAACCCAGGAUGUCGUCGCUGCUCUCCAUUGCUGCUCUUUUCACCAUAGAUGACUUCACAAUGAAGCGCGGUUGGCUCAGAUGGUUUUUUCAGGAACAAGCCAUAAAUGGAAGAUGCUGUGAAAUCUUGAGAGCUUGUCAGAGAGGAAGGAAUCUUACUGUGGAGGUUCAGGACGUGAAUCACUGCAGGCCUUAAAUUCCUAUCACAGAGGGAUCCUUUUUAUUUGGUUUUGUUCCUUUCAUGGUCAUAAAUUCCCUUUUAUGACAACUUUUCAUCCAUCAAUUAGAUUUGGAAUUGAUACUCUUAAGUUAAACAUUUUCAGAGAAAUUUUAAACAUCAAAAAGCAGUAAGACUUCUUUGAUACAUGAAGCUACAUCGUCAGACACAUCAAAAUCAGCAAUACAGUAAAUAUUCAUAGGAGAAAGCUGUGAUGCACUGGAUCAGUUGUUUACCAAAUUAAUGCUCGUGAAUUUUGUGAUGUGAUGUUAUAAUUAUAAAAUAAAACUAUUUUGAAGAGAAACUACCA